AUGGAUGGCUUUCACUCUCCCACAAAGGCAGGAGGGCAGGAUGUGAUCAAUGGCACCAGCAGCAGGAAGAGCUGGGCAGAGGAAGGCGACUCCAAGUUGUCCUUCCGUGUGGUGACAGCGACUUUGCUUCUCCUCCUCGUCCUCUCCACGCUGCUGGGCAACACCUUGGUGUGUGUGGCUGUGGUCAGGUUCAGGCAUCUCCGCUCCAAGGUCACCAACUUCUUCGUCAUCUCCUUGGCCGUGUCCGACCUCUUCGUGGCCGUGCUGGUGAUGCCCUGGAAGGCUGCCAGCGAGGUGAUGGGGUUCUGGCCUUUUGGGGCUUUCUGCGAUGUUUGGGUGGCUUUUGACAUCAUGUGCUCCACAGCCUCCAUCCUCAACUUGUGCAUCAUCAGCGUGGACCGCUACUGGGCCAUUUCCAACCCCUUCCGCUACCAGAGGAAGAUGACGCAGCGCAUGGCCCUCGUCAUGAUCGCGGGGGCUUGGCUGCUGUCCCUCUUGAUCUCCUUCAUCCCCGUGCAGCUGAGGUGGCACAAGGAUCACGAGCUCUUCAGCCAACAGGAACCGGGUCUUAACAUCACCAGGGAUGAGGAGAGCUGCGACUCCAGCCUCAACAGGACCUACGCCAUCUCCUCUUCCCUCAUCAGCUUUUACAUCCCUGUUGCCAUCAUGAUCGGGACCUACACCCGCAUCUUCUGCGUCGCCCGGCGGCAGAUCCGCAGGAUCUCCUCCCUGGAGCGGGCGGUGGGACAUCCCCAAAGCCGCCCCAGCACCGACUGCCCUCAGGAGGCCUCGCUGAAGAGCUCCUUCAAGAAGGAGACCAAGGUCCUCCAGACCCUCUCCAUCAUCGUGGGCGUCUUUGUUUUCUGCUGGCUGCCCUUCUUUGUGCUCAACUGCGCGGUGCCCUUCUGUGAUCUUGAGGUACAGGAGCUCCCUUGUGUCAGCGAGACCGUCUUCAACACCUUUGUCUGGUUUGGCUGGGCCAACUCGUCCCUCAAUCCCAUCAUCUACGCCUUCAACGCAGAUUUCCGCAGAGCUUUUGCCACCAUCCUGGGCUGUGGCCGCCUUUGCCCCAGCGACGCAGUGGAGAUGGUGACCUUCAGCAAUGAGCUGGUCUCCUACCACCACGACACCACCCACCAGAAGGAAGUGGUGACCCUCAGCUACCCCCAGCUUCUCCCCCAUGUGGCCCUGCAGAUGGAGACCAACGAAGGGUCCCUUGAGAAGGUUUCCCAGGUCUCUGAGCCUUCUCAUGACAUCUCCUUGCCUGCGGUGCCGCAGAUGGAGCGCGGAGCGGCCGUCUCGCUGGAGAGGAUCAUGCCUUUCACCAGCAACGCACUCAACUGA